AUGUUUAGCAUUCAAAUUUUGUUCUCUUUAAACACUGAAGGAAGAGAUGCAGAAGAUGUAUGGAGAGAUUACAAAACAUUGAUCAAUACUAACAACUUAGAUAUAUUGGAUGUAACAGAGUUCAACAGGAUACUUGGUGUAUUUGUAAGAAAUUUAUCAAUUCCUGGGGUUUAUGGGAAAAUGUUGACAAUAUUCCAGGAUAUGCGAGACUUGGCCAAAGUGAAGCCAGAUGAAUCUACAUAUAAUAUUAUGAUGUCGAUGUAUCUGAAGAGGAAAGAUCUCAAAGGGAUAAAUAUUUGUUUCGGUGACAUGCAAAAACAAAAAAUUAUUCCAAACACCAUAACUUACAAUAUAAUGAUAAAAGCUAUUAGCAAAUUUAGCAAACCUGAUACUGCAAUGACUCUUUAUCGUGAGAUGAUUGAGAGAAAAAUAAAGAGGAAUGAAAAAACUUUCACCAUGUUGUUUUGUGCAUGUUCCAUUAAGCGUGACGUACCUCUAGCUCAUCAAUUUUAUAACUUUAUGCUUAAUGAAGGAUUGCAACCAGAUAUUUAUACUUAUAAUGCUUAUAUUAAUGUAAUUGCAAGGAAUGCAAAAGAUCUAACGGAUUUACAGAAAGCGAUUGAUGUUAUUAAACAAAUGAAAGAAAAAGGUAUAAAGCCGACACUAGUAACAUAUAAUAUUCUAAUAAAGGGUUUACAAACAAUGGGAAAACGUACUGAAGCAUUACACCUUUUCGAUCAAAUGGAGAUCGAAGGUGUAAAACCAAAUUCUUCUACUUUAGAAGGGAUUGGCAUAACUGGAUUACAAGCUUUGUUAAAACUGAGAAAUACUUAUAAAGUAACGCCAAGCCAUAAAGACUUCAACACUUGUAUGGAUCAAGCUCUCAAAGAAUCAAAAUACAACGACGCUAUGGAAAUUCUUUCACAUAUGCAAAAAUCUGGGUUUAAACCGAAUGUUUCAACAUAUUCCAUAUUGAUGAAUGCCCAUAUCAGGCAGAAUGAUAUGUUUAGAGCCAUGGAAUUAUUUACUGCAAUGAAGAAUGACAAUGUUGAACCUGAUGAUUAUAUUUACGCUUCCCUUAUUGAUGGUUUCUUGGCACAUAAUAAUGUUGAACAGGCUUUCAAAUUAGUGGAUCAUAUGUUAGAAUCCAAGGUUGAGUUAAAUAAAAUGACCGUAAAUAGAUUAAUAGAUACUGCUUCAAAGUCUAAGGAUCCUAGAUUAGUUCAAAGGGUAUUUGAACGAAUAGAAAGGUUAACAGUACCAAAUAAAGAUGCUUGUGAAAGAGUUCUCUGGCGAAUAGCUCAAUCAUAUGAUGUAUAUGCAGUGGAAAAAUAUUUAAAGAUAAUGGAUAAGCACAAUCAUAUGAUUAAUAGAGAAACAUUUACUGCAAUAAUCACUGGUGCAAGUAAAGGUGGCAACUUACCUCAGGCCAGAUAUUGGUAUAAUCUAAUGAUUAAACGAGGAAUUGCGCCAGAUCAUAUGUUACUUUCAAUGAUUAUAAGAGCCCACGCUGAUGCAAAAGAAAUAGAUAAAACUUUAUCAUUUUGGAAUGAUUUUCAUUACUUUAGUAUUGCGCCUGAUGAUGAUGAUAUCAUGUAUGUACUAAAAUUAUGUGCGGAAACAAAUCAUUGGAAGGAUGAAAUCAGAAUUCUUGGACAAUUAAAGGAGUUAGGUUAUGAUGCUGAUUCAUACAAAGAAAAAAUAUCAGAAAAAAAGCAACAAUCUAAUGACGGAAUUGAACCAAAGACGGACCCGGAUGAAGAGUAUUAUGAAGAGUACGGGGAGUACCUUAAAGCAAGAUUGGCUAACAAGUCGGUUAUAAAGGCAAAGGAAAGAAUGCAGAAAUGGGUUUGGAAUGUAGCGAAAAUAAGUUCUCAGAGAAUGGAUGAUAACGCUAAAAUUAGAGUUGAACAAUGGACUCCUUACAGGAAACAUGACUGA